AUUGAAAGUAUAAUUCAAUUAUCAUCAAUCCAGCUUUGGCACCAUUGAGAAAUUUGCGUCAAAUAUUAAACAUUUCCCACCAAUCAACAUUAUUUAUAAAUUACUUGGUCUCUACAUUUUGAACCAUCAAUGGCCGAUGCAAUUGCUUUCAAUCUCGCCACAGAGCUCAUUACUAAGUUGAGCUCUCAUGCUUUCUCUCAAAUUGGACUCAGGUGGAAUCUCAAACAUGACAUCGACGACCUCAAACGCACUGUCUAUACAAUCAAAGAUGUGCUUCUUGACGCAGUAGAGAAAUCGGUGACCGACGAACCCGUCAAAGUUUGGGUUGAACAGGUGACCGAUGCACUUUAUGAUGCUGAUGACUUGCUCGAUGAUUUCUCUACUGAAGCUUUGCGGAAAGAUCUGAUGGGUGGGAACAAGCUGACAAAAGAGGUACGCCUUUUCUUCUCAAGCUCAAACCAGUUUACUUACAGCCUCAAAAUGGGGCGGAAAAUUAAGGCUAUUAAGGCCAGAUUAGCUUCGAUUGGAAGCAAGGCCCAGAUGUUCAGCUUGGUAAAGCGUGAUUGUCCUGUGGAAACUUCUUUCGUGAUUAAAAAGAGGCAGCCAAUGCACUCUUUUAUUUUUGAAGAUGACAUAAUAGGGAGGGAUUAUGAUAAAGUAGCUCUUCUAAAACUCGUGUUAGGGUUUCAGAGUGAAGAGAAUCUUUAUAUCAUUCCAAUUGUGGGGAUUGGAGGGUUAGGGAAAACUACAUUGGCAAGACUUGUUUAUAAUGAUAAAAUGGUUAGACGUCAUUUUGAAUUGAUGAUGUGGGUGUAUGUUUCAGAUGUUUUUGAUGUGAAAGCAAUUGUAAAAACCAUUAUUGAAUGUGUGACUUACAAAGCACUAGAUCAAAAUCUCGAUAUGGACCAAUUGCAAAAACAACUUCAAGAUAAAAUUGAUGGGAAAAAAUAUUUGCUUGUUUUGGAUGACAUUUGGAAUGAGGAUGUGCAACAAUGGUUAAGCUUAAAGAAUUUAUUGAUGGGUGGGGCUAGAGGAAGUAAGAUAAUACUAACUACUCGCUCUAUGAAAGUAGCAACAAUUACUAGUAACUGUCUGCCCUAUGUUUUGAAAGGCUUGUCUGAUGAUGAUGCUUGGUCUUUGUUCAAAAAGAUAGCAUUUAUGGAAAGAUAUGCAGACCCAACAAAUUCAGCCUUUGUGGAAAUAGGAAAGCAUAUUUUGAAAAAGUGUGCUGGAGUUCCUUUAGCCAUAAAGACAAUAGGUGGUAUGCUAUGUUUGAAGGGAUCUAUAAUUGAGUGGCAUUAUUUCAAAGACGUACAACUUAGUAGAAUAUCCCAAAGAGAAGGUGGAAUUUUACCUUCACUUAAGUUAACUUACGAUUAUCUCCCAUACCAUUUAAAGCUUUGCUUUGCUUAUUGUCGAUUGUAUCCAAAAGAUAUUGUGAUUGAUGUACAAACACUUGUUCAAUUUUGGAUUGCACAAGGUUUUGUAAAGCAAUCAAAUCCGAGUCAAUCUCUUGAUGAGAUUGGAUUUGAGUAUUUUAAAGAAUUAGUUGAAAAAAGUUUCUUUCAAGAGGUAGGGGAAAGAUAUACGGGGGAAGGACUAACGUGUAAAAUGCAUGAUUUAAUGCAUGAUUUAGCUGAAUUUGUAGCAGGGACUGAGAGCAUUGUUGUAGAUUCAAAUUUUAGAGCAAGGGAGGUGGGUGAAAAUUGUCGCCACAUAUUAGUUAAUCCUUCAUUAAUUCCAUUGUUUAAAGGAAAGAAGUUGCGAACUUUAUUACAUUUUCCAAACAAGAGUGAGCAAAGCCAACAUAUGAGUGAUGAAACUUGGGAUUCAAUCAUUUCAAAUUGCAGAUAUUUGCGUGUAUUAAAAUUAGAUAAUUUAGAUAUUAAUAAAGUUCCAUGCUCCAUUCAGAAGUUGAAGCAUUUGAGGUAUCUUGAUCUUUCUAACAAUCGCAAUCUUAAGAUCUUGCCUAAGAGUAUUUGCAAGGUACACAAUUUACAAGCUCUGAAACUUGAUUGGUGUAGUCAGCUUAAAGAAUUGCCAAAGAAGAUUGAAAAAUUGGUGAAUCUUACCCAUAUUACGUGUGAACGAUGUCAUAGCUUAACUCAUAUGCCACGUGGAAUAGGGAUGUUGACUUCCCUUCAGACGUUAAGCGCAUUUGUAGUGGAUAAAGAUGGUUCUCAUGGUGGUGCAGAUCUAAGUGAAUUGAGUGGGCUUAACAACCUAAGGGGACAACUAAGAAUUAAAAAUCUGGGAUUUGUGAAAAAUGCAAAAGAGAUGUUUAAGGCUGCUAAUUUGAAAUGGAAGCAACAUUUGCGAUCAUUGGUUUUAGUAUGGAGUGGUGAUAGUGGUGAUGACGAGAAGUCACUUGAAGACCUACAACCCCAUCCAAAUCUGGAGUCGUUGCUCGUGAUAGGGUGGAGAGGAGAUGCCAAGUUUCCAAGUUGGAUUUCUUUGCUCACAAAUCUUGUAAAUAUUUCCAUAUGGGGUCCUAGUAAAUUCAAACAUCUCCCUUCCUUUGCUCAAUUGCCUUGUCUUCAACACCUAUUCAUUUUGGAUUUGACUGAGCUCGAGUACAUGGACAAUAACAACCACAAUGGAAGACAAGGAGACCCGGAAUCAUUUUUCCCAUUGCUCAAGCGUCUUCACAUCCAAAAUUGUCCAAAUAUGAAGGGUUGGUGGCGGAAAAGGCCGAUUGAUGAUGAUAACGAGGACGACACAACAGUUAUAGGAACAUCAACCAUGGCAUUUCCUUGUCUUUCCUAUUUACAUAUUGAAGAUUGCCCUUUGACUUCAAUGCCGUUGUAUCCAUUACUUGAUGAACUAAUAUUGGUCAAAACCAGUUCAAGGCCAUUAAAGCAGACCCUUAAGAUGAACAUCACCAGUAUAUCACGAUCAACUUCAACCCCUUCUCUUCCUCUCUCCAAAUUGAUCUCUUUCCAUGGAGAGAAUAUAAAGGAACUGGACACGCGCAUGCUAGAUGAGUGCCUGCGACAUCUCACCGGUCUCGGAAGUUUAACAAUAAGAGAUUGCAAGGAGCUUGAUUUAGAGGACAUGCAAUGGGAACCCCUUGAGAAUCUCUCUUGUUUGGUGAUUGAUAAUAUUCCACAACUAGUGUCUCUCCCCAUUGGGCUUCGACAUCUUGUUCAAUUGAAAACAUUAGAAAUUCGUAAUUGCAGUCGAUUGAGGUCACUCUUUCCUGUGUUCCAACAUCUCACUUCCCUUGAAGAGUUUUCAAUAAGGAAUUGCAAUGAGCUGGAGUUAUCUGAAGCUGGCAUUCAAAUAUUCCAAGAUUAUACAAGCUUACGUGCUCUAUGGCUGGAAACCAUUCCGAAGUGUCAGCAUCUCCCAGAGUGGCUUCGACAUCUAACAAAUCUGCAACAGCUUUAUCUCGUUGAUCUGCCAAAUUUAACAUCGCUUCCGGACGAGAUGUGUUGCCUAACCAGUUUGGAAGAGUUAUGCAUACGACAAACUCCCCAGUUGGAGGAAAGAUGUCGGAAGGACAUUGGUGCCGAUUGGCAUAAGAUUGCUCAUAUCGCUACAGUAACCAUCGAAGACUUUUAGUGAAACGAAUUUGGCAAUUUCAAGAAUUUAAAUGCAGAAAAAAGAAGUGCUUAUAUCAAAUACCAACAAGGAAUGGCAGUCUUUAUAUGUAUCAAAUGUACAUUGAUGUGGAGACGCCUAAGAAGCUUGCAUGCCAGCCUUGAAAAUGCUUGUACUUCGUGCUCUGAGCAUAGCAUGCAAUACAAAAAGCAGAGACCAUACUUUUUGAAAGGCAUUUGAGAAGUUUAAGAAAUUAGAUGCAGAAAAAGAGGCGCAUGAGUUCAAUGGAAGAGCCAAAAAACAGGACACGCAUUCUUCAUCAGCUGAUGGAAUCCUCCUCUAGCAUAGCAUAUAUUACAAGAAGCAGAGGUAAUAUAUGUUUAACUACGAUCUGUUCAUCUGCCAAAAUAUUCCAACAAAUCAAAAAUGGUAAUAUAUGUCAUCAGUUUCCUUAUAAUUUUUCCAAUUGAUCUGAUAUAAAGUAUAUUAUGGAGUAUUUCAAGAGUUGUAAUAUAUAUGCUAACAGAUUACUAGCUUAAAUGGUACCUAUGCUAUUGACAGAUUCUUGGAGUCGUGUUGUAGAGAGCUUAAACGCGCAGUGUCGUUGUCAAGUAAGUAAAUUGAAUAGGGGAUAGGGGUUAAGGGUUGAUGAAAUGGAGGGGGAAGAGGGGGACAGUUCAUAAUAUUCUUUGAUGCAGGGUUCCCCUUUUAGCUGUUUGAAUUUUGAAGGUUGAAUCAGGAAAGGAUCUUGCUUCAGAAUAUUUGGUGAUGAUGAUGCCCAAUGUUUGGCCCUUUCGCUAAACUUGCACUGGAAAAUCAUAGACAAUGGCUUUGUGGUUAGCCACCAUUAUUGCACAUAAUAUAAAGUUCUAUUUAGUAACAGUUCAUUGUUGCUAUAUACAGAAAAUUAAUGGACUAGAAUCCACCUUGCAGACCUUGAUAUCCUUAGCUCUCAAAGAAACACCUGCCAUUACCUACGUUCUUCCUUUCGUUCUUUCGAGGAUGGCAAUGUCUCAUCACAUUGAGAUUCCAGAAGAAAUGCUUACGUAAAGCUUGGUUGAUCCUGGCGCUUAUAUAUAUAGAUGAUUUGUUUCGUGGGUGAUGUGUGGAUUUAAAGAAACACUUAGUGAGGAACUAUUACUGAGUUUCACCUUUUGAGUGUUGAUUUUUCUUUGCAUAACUAAGUUGGAAGUCUGUUUACUUAAUUGUACAAAGGUGAGAUUGCACCAAGUUUGGAGGGUUAGGCAUAAAUCAUUUAUUUGUACUUUGAAGUUCAUAGUGAAUUCAUCUCUGGGUAAGGCUCCGUAGACGUAGGACAAGUUUCGAACUGCGUAAAUAUCCUGAUUGUGUUCUUUAUUCUUCUUUAAUUUUACUUUUGUGUGUGUCAAAUUAAAAAAAAAUACAUUUUUCUC